UCCGAUUCCGGAGCACGCAGUGUCGGAAUGUUCGUUCCCCUCGCACUGGAGGGAGAAGUACUCGUGCGUAGCUGUGGCCACGCGAUUUUGGUUGUCAAGCCGCGCUGCCUAAGCCUGGACAAAGUGUCCAGGUGCCUAAGUAUGGCAGGCAUCAAACGUUGUGCUAUAAAACUUUGCAAAAACACAUCUGAAGAUGGAUUUUCGAUGAUUACGGUAACAGAAAGGAGGAGAACGAAGCUUAAUUGGCUAACAUUGUGUGAUCUACCAGAGUCAACCCCUAAACAUUCUUACAUCUGUGAGGGUCAUUUUACGAAAGAUCAAACGGAGAUUAUUGAUAUUUACGAUGGAACGAGGCUGAAGUCCAACGCUGUUCCCACAAUUUUGUCGCCUAACCCACCUAAGUUAUUUGUUAAACAAACUGUUGGGACUUAUAUUGUCGAAGGUGUAGACGAGAAAGGCAACCACAUAUUGAAGCUGGAUCCGGAUGAGCCUUUUCGGCAGGUUAAGUUACUUAAAAGCAGCCCUGUUAAAGAUGCUUCAACUCCUGAGCCAGUGGUUCCAUCAACAGCUAGUGAACAUACUCCUGCUACUGAGACCCCUUCAAUCAAUGCACAAGAGACCUUACACUCUCAGACUUGCAUUGACUUUUCAUGUCUUGCUAUAAAGGUUUUUGUGCAAACAUAA